CCAAUGUCGUGUUGUGGGAAAGCUGUGACAAUGUCUCAAAUGCUGCUUUGUUUACCAUAUAUUUCCAAUCCUAAACCAGUCAUGCACACACUCUUUUAAGAAGCAUAUCAACGCUGUGACUGUUGACCCCUCACUUCACUAUUCUUGGACCCUUCUGAGCAAUAAUAGAGAAAUAAGUCUCUGCUAUCUGGUGGGUUUAUAACCUCACCUGGAAGUGGUUUAUGUUUCAUCGUGCAUCUGUGGAAGGAGAAGAGAUUAAGGUCUAUGCUUUUCAACAUGAUGAGAUUACUGAGAUUACUGGACAGUAUAUGUAUAAUGUCUCUGAGUAUAUAUACUCGCGUGAACCCGUGAAGCUUUCAUCUUUGGUCUAAAGCUAAAACAUAGUACACCAGCCUUAAACUCUUGCUCGUGAUAUCUCUCUCUCUCUCUGUCCAUGGAGGCCAAAAACUUGUGGCGGUUCCUCGUUCUUCCAAUCGGUGUGCUGCUAUUUCUUCUUCUCACCUGGUUUCACCUUCCCAACAAGGGGGCUCUAGACUGCAACCUUUACUCUGGAUGGUGCACCUCAAAGAACCGUUUCUACUCUUCAUCACAGGCUAAUCAGAUUAAGAAACCAUCUUUUUCCAGUUAUAACAACCAACACCAUGAAUCUGAGAUUCCUCAGCACCCUCUUGACCCUCUAACCAUCCAAGAGUUCAACAGGGUCCGCACCAUCCUCUCCACCCACCCUCUCUUCAAGUCCUCAUCGAAAUACACUCUCAACUCCAUCGUGCUUGAAGAACCGGACAAAAAACUAGUCCUGAAAUGGAAAAAGGGUGAUGCACCCUUGCCUAGGAAGGCUUCUGUGGUUGCUGUUGUGAAGGGUGUAUCUCAUGUGCUCACUGUGGACCUUGAAACUGGCUUGGUAACCGAUUAUGAAUAUUCGGUUUCAGGGUACCCCACCAUGACCGUGGAAGACAUGGUGGGUGUACUAGAGGUUCCCCUUAAGAGCAUUGAGUUCAACCGCUCAAUCACUAAACGUGGUGUCAAGUUAGCAGACCUGGAAUGUUUGCCAAUCUCUUCAGGGUGGUAUGGGACACAAGUGGAGGAGAAUAGAAGGUUGAUUAAGGUGCAGUGCUAUUCCAAAGAAGGGACAGUUAACUUCUACAUGAGACCAAUUGAGGGUGUCACUGCCUUGGUUGACAUGGAUAGAAAAGAGGUGGUGACUAUUUCAGACAAUGGUGAGAACAUCCCUGUGGCGAAUGGGAUCAACACUGACUACCGUUACUCCAUUCAGAAGCUGAAUGGAGAGUUGAGGCUUCUGAAUCCAAUAUCAUUGGAGCAACCAAAAGGUCCAAGCUUCACAGUUGAAGGGCACUUGGUGAAAUGGGCAAAUUGGGAGUUCCAUGUGAGGCCUGAUCCAAGAGCUGGAACCAUCAUUUCAGAAGUGAAGGUGAGGGACCCUGAUACAUCAGAGCUUAGGAAUGUGAUGUACAAAGGGUUCACAUCAGAGCUAUUUGUGCCAUACAUGGAUCCCACAGAAGGAUGGUACUUUAAGACAUACAUGGAUGCAGGUGAGUAUGGAUUUGGGUUGCAGGCAAUGCCACUAGACCCUUUGAAUGAUUGUCCUAGGAAUGCUUACUACAUGGAUGCUGUAUUUGCCUCUUCUGAUGGAACACCAUAUCUCCAACCCAACAUGAUUUGCAUCUUUGAGAGAUAUGCUGGUGACAUUGCGUGGAGACAUGCUGAGUGCCCCAUCACUGACCUCAAGGUAACAGAAGUGAGGCCAAAGGUAACACUAGUGGUUAGGAUGGCAGCAGCGGUGGCAAACUAUGACUAUAUCGUGGAUUGGGAAUUUCAAACUGAUGGGUUAAUCAGAUCAAAGGUUGGACUAAGUGGUAUCUUGAUGGUGAAAGGCACUACCUAUGAGAAUAUGGACCAAGUCCCAAACCAAGAAUAUCUCUAUGGAACCCUUUUGAGUGAAAACAUUAUUGGUGUAAUCCAUGAUCAUUUUAUCACAUAUUACCUAGAUAUGGACGUUGAUGGCUCUGACAAUUCAUUUGUCAAGGUAAAGUUAAAGAAGCAAGAGACUUCUCCAGGAGAAUCACCCAGAAAGAGUUACCUAAAAGCUGUGAGAAAAGUGGCAAAAACAGAGAAAGAUGCUCAAAUAAAACUUAAACUAUAUGACCCAUCUGAAUUUCAUGUGGUAAAUCCAUUGAAGAAGACAAGGGUGGGGAAUCCUGUUGGGUACAAAUUGGUUCCAGGUGCCACAGCAGCUACCUUGCUUGAUCCAGAAGAUCCACCACAAAAAAGAGCAGCUUUUACCAAAAAUCAAAUAUGGGUCACACCUUACAACAAAAGUGAGCAAUGGGCUGGAGGCUUGUUUGUUUACCAAAGCCAAGGCGAUGAUACUCUUCAAGUGUGGUCCAACAGGGAUCGUUCUAUUGAGAAUAAGGACAUUGUCUUGUGGUAUACAGUGGGGUUCCAUCACAUACCAUGUCAAGAGGACUACCCUAUCAUGCCCACUGUAUCAUCAAGUUUUGAUCUGAAGCCUGUUAAUUUCUUCGAGAGAAAUCCAAUCCUUAGAGUACCUCCUAAUUUCCAAGAUGAUUUACCUGUUUGCAAGGCUCAUGAUUCAGCUUGAGAUUCCAACCCUUGGUUUUAGUUUAACUACAUGCGUGCUUUUGUUUAUACAUGUAGCAAAUGAUGCCAAAACUUAGCUUCAAAUAAUUAGUAAGGUCAGGGUCAAACUUUGACUAUUAUGUUAAAAUUGUGGAAUGUGACUCGAAUCAUUAAAAAUAAAAAUUAAAAAUUGUCCAAUAUAUGUAUCCUGCUAUUGUUGUUAA